AUGCUAUAAUCUACAAAUAACAAUAUAAAUGGAGAGGAUAAUACUCUCAUCCCUUCAGACACUACUUGGAAUUAAGAGUUGCUAGAUAAAUAUGCUUCUUACUUUCCAUUUAACUUGAAGUUUUCUCAGUUAAAUUAAGAGGAGUUAAACUCCCUGAUGCAUAAGAAUUAAAGUGGUGAGGGCGAAAAUAAGAAGGAAUAUUUCCUUCAAAUUAGAAGCUUCAUAAUGAUUCAAAAAAACCUCAAGCAGUCCGUUACCUCAUUAGCCAGUAACAUAUUGGCUGAGGGCUAAUAGCACACAUUAGACAUUGAGAGUUUAACUUAAUUCAUUGAUUAAGUAAUAUUUAAUACGCUACUGAGUCCUCAAAUGCCACUUCCUCAAAAUAGAGAUGAGUUCAUGCAAACUUGUAGGUUAACAUAUUUACAAGAAUAUGUGUAUGCUUAAUAUCAAAAUUAAGCAAAGAAAGCUAAUGAAACUCUUUUUUCUGACUCUUAAAGUCAAAGAUCCUCCAUUCUAUCAGGAAGAUCGUCAUUGAAAAUGCCUUUUUAUUCAAAACUGAGUGAUUUUUUCUCGAAUGAGUAAGAUGCCAUCUAAAAAAGCAUUACUAGGCCUGAAAAUGAAAACAUCCUUAGGAGACUCUACUACUUAAGAUGGUACUAAUGUGAUCCGAUCUGGAAAACAUACUCUGAGAGUUUAUAAAAACUAGAUGAAGAAUUCUAAUCACUUAAUUAAAUUGUAAACGAUCUUUACAAUACAAUAGAAAAGAAUGACGACAAAGAAGAUUAUCAAUUUUCGAUCCUAAAGAUGGGAUGCAUUGUAUGGAAACACAUCGUUUAAAAAACAAAUAGAAAAUAAAUGCUCAAAUCUGUAAAAGUUAUUUUUAAGUCAAUACGCAAGGACUUAAAAAAUAAAAUGAUGAAAAAUAGCCUCCAAAAGAAAAGUUCAUCUCAAGAUUCAGACAAGAAUGAUUCAAAAAUAGAUGAUCAGCAAUCCCCAAUGACAAAUAGAUUAAGCAUAGUAGGUAUGGGCCAUUUAAAGAUAAAAGUCGAUAAAUUAGAAUAGAUUAGACAAGCUUUAUAGGAAUUCUCUUCCUCUCUCCUAGAUAUCUCAUUUAGUCCUACCAGUGUCUACUAUUUAGCAUCAACAUAAUUUAUUACAGAAGAUACUCCUUACUAGAAACUUCAUGAUGUCCUACUCAAAGAGAGCAAGGAUUUUACUCUUGAUGAACUAAUUCUAAACAAAAAUCUUCAUGAGAACCUUAAAAUAUUGUUUUCUGAAUUAGAAAAGAUGCUCCCUCCUUUUUCAUAUAAAUCAAUCUAAAAGUCACUAAUUGAGAUGUGUUUAAACUCAACAAAAGAAAAAAUCAAUCGUAAUCAUUAAGAAAUUACCAAAGAAUUAAAGAAAAGAGGAGCUAAUAUCCCUGCUUAUUCUAAGAAGGAUGAUGAAUCUUGCUAUUUUAAGGGAGCAGUUGAAAAAUAUAUUAAGGGGAAAUAAAUACCGUUAAUAGUCUAAUAAUAGUUAGUUAACAUUAUUAGCAAAGAUGAGUAAUCUACAUUCAAUCUCAUCUUUUUUGAAUAUAUGAAAAGUAAAAAGGUCUUCUCAGCUAUUGAUGAGAAAGUUAUUAAAUAUGCUAAACACCAUAGAGUCAGAUAUGAUUAAAAUGACUGCUCAUUGAGUAAAAAGAAGUAUAGAUUCUCUGAAAUUUAGGAGGAUGUAGGUAAAUUAUUGAUAUCUCGUCAUAGAACAAGUCUUGGAAAUGUUAAUCUAUAAAAUAUAAAUUAGGAUUUCGUUCACAAUUAAAGAAAUGGGAGAUCCUCUCUUGUACCUUUUAGAAUGACCUUUAAUUCUAUAGUAGAUAACUCAGAGGCUUAGAGAAGAAGUGAAUUGUUUAAAGAUUUAAAUCAGUUAGACAAAUCAUCAAAUGUAUUUCAAGGUUGCAAUAUUAACUAUGGGAAAAUGCUUGGGUUUUUUUAAGGUGGUCUUGAAAUGUAAAAGAAUUCACUAAACCAAUAACAUGAUUAGCUACCUAGCUUUAACAAGCCUUAGUCAAAUCAUUUCCUUAUCAAUUCAGAGGCCAAGAGGUCUAUGAAAAUAUAGGGAUCUAAAGAUGGCAUUGACUAAGAUAAUAAUGAGGUUAGUAAUAAACAGAGAUCUAGUAGUUUACCUCCCAACCCUAAUAUGAAAUAAACAUCAAACGAAUACUACCAAGUAUGUGAUGUUUACACCAAAGAAAUAGAAGAUGAUAGCUAAUUUAGCGCUGGUCUUACCAGACUAAGCAUAGGGAUUAAUACUUAGAGUAGCAACAAAGAUGAAACUGGUUCCAAUUUCGAUUAAUUCACAAGAUAACUAAAUACUUCUGGGUAAUUCGGAACUUACUUUUCAACUCCAUUUAAGACUCAGAAUGUUCAAACUUAAUUUAACAAAUCCUCUAAUCUCGACUAAGAUGAAAGCAGAGAGGACAAUAACUCUUGCAAUCUUCUUGAUGUUGAUAAUUAAGACUAGCUUAACAAUAAUUUAAGAAUAAAAAAAGAGUGA